AGGAUCCAAUUUCAAGCUAAUAAUACUCCUACUUUGCACUUUCUCUCUCUCUCUCUCUCUAAACUUUACAUAUCCAAGCUUACGUAGCUGACCGAUCCCACGGUGGAUAUCUUUGGUUGUUUAUUUCCAUCAAAUUGGUGCUUUCAUUGAGAGAAGAGAAACAUACUCGUGGGUUAAAUCCCAAGAACGAGAAUGAUACAGACAAGGAGCAACGACCCUACCACCAGCCACGCCCCAGGGAACAGCUCGGGCAACGGUAACGGGACCGGGGCGAUCACCUCGACUCCUGAUGCGGUCCAGGCAUUGUUUGGGAUGGGGGUGAUUACAAGGCAGCUCCAGACUACCGUUGCAACUCUCUCUGCCAUUGGCGGGAGUAGACACGGCAACGGAGCCACCCAGGCCCCAAGAGACCCUAUCAUCGAGCAUGAUGCCACUUCCCAACACAAGGGGAAGAAGACUCGAAGGUGUCGGAGGAGGCCCGACAAGGCCUUAGUGUUUGAGGAAGUGCUGGUAGGGGACAUCCCGGAAGGGCAGGAUGACGACUCCAACAAGGGUCGAGUGUCGGCCUUCAAGCGGCUGAGGGGUGAGGAGACUCGCGUGUCGACCGGCUCAACCAUGGACGCGACGGCCUCCAAGGCGAUCUACGCCGGCAGAUGUCGGAGGGCAGGCGGAGGCACGCCGAGGAAUCGGCAACCUCGAAUAUAGCUUUUUCAAAAUAAAUCAUUCAAGAUAAUAUUGGAGUAGUUCAAUGUUACAGAAGCUGAAUAAAUAACAAUUUCAAAACAUAUUAGUUUAAUGUCUUUUUAAACAUCAAUGCAUUUCACACAUCCACCUUAACUAUCUCGCCCCGUCUGCCUCUAGAAAACGUCACUUCAUUCUUUUUGUUUACCUGCAUGUAGCAAAUAAAACAUACUACACGCUCAGUGUUGAAACUGAGUAAGCAUAUCUAAUGCGUCCAACAUCCAUAUAAAAAAUAGGGUAAUCCCCC